AAACACGCACACAUUAAAAUUCCACCACUACUCAUACUUCCACAUACUAUUCCAUCAAUGGCUGCUUCUUCUUCUCCCAUUUUCACUUUAGCUUUCCUGUUGUUAUUCAUGGGAAGCAUCAACGCUCAACUUUCAACUGGUUUUUAUUCCAGCUCUUGUCCAAAGCUCUUUUCCACUGUCAAAUCCACAGUGCAGUCUGCAAUAUCCAAGGAAACCCGAAUGGGUGCCUCUCUCCUCCGCUUAUUCUUCCAUGAUUGCUUCGUCAAUGGAUGUGACGGCUCGAUUCUGCUUGAUGACACGUCCAGCUUGAGAGGAGAGAAGAAUGCGGUUCCCAAUCGGAACUCAGCCAGGGGAUUCAAUGUUAUCGAUGAUGUAAAGUCUGCAGUGGAGAAUGUGUGUCCCGGUGUGGUCUCUUGUGCCGACAUACUCGCCAUUGCUGCUCGCGAUUCCGUUGUCACUCUUGGGGGACCCAAUUGGGAUGUAAAACUUGGAAGGAGAGACGCUAGGACUGCAAGCCAAUCUGCUGCCAAUAACGGCAUUCCUCCUCCAACUUCUAACCUAAACCAACUCAUCUCUACAUUUAGUAACGUUGGGCUUUCCACCAGGGACAUGGUGGCUUUAGCUGGGGCUCACACAAUUGGGCAAGCAAGGUGCACAUCCUUCAGAGCUCGCAUAUACAACGAGACCAACAUCGACCCUUCAUUUGCUAGAACAAGGCAAUCAAACUGCCCAAGAACCAAUGGUACAGGGGACAACAAUCUGGCACCUCUUGAUGUCCAAACUUCAACAGUGUUUGACAAUAACUACCACAAGAACCUACUCCAAAACAGAGGACUUCUUCACUCUGACCAGCAACUAUUCAAUGGUGGAUCCACAGAUUCCAUUGUACGCACUUACAGCAACAAUCCCAGCAAUUUCCAAUCUGAUUUUGUUGCUGCCAUGAUCAAGAUGGGAGAUAUCAAACCCCUCACCGGAUCAAAGGGAGAGAUUAGAAAGAACUGUAGGAGGUUGAACUAGACGUACCUAGUAGCUAGGAUCGAGUCUUUUGUUCUCGGAUUCAGAAUAAAUUACCCACCCAUUUAAUUAGAAGCUUUCCUUUCAGCAUAAAAUAUAAUAUAUGGUGCUUGUGAUGUUUUGUGUGAAACGUAUGUACCAGUGGCGAUGAUGAUCACCACUUUAUAUGUAUGUGGUAGAGAGAAACGCUUGAUCAGUGCAGUACUUUGGGAUCGAUCAAGUAUAUAGGAUUGAAAUUAAAAAGAAAUUUGUGAUUUUCGUUUUAGUACUGUUUAA